AUGAAGCUCUCAUUUAGAGAUCUCAAGCAACAGAAAUUCACAAUUGAAGCCGAGCCUACGGACACGAUUGCUACUGUCAAAGAAAAGGUUGCCGCCGAGAAAGGAUGGGAGGUCGCUCAACAGAAACUCAUCUACUCUGGCAAGGUCCUCGCUGACGCCAACACUGUCGAAUCCUACAAGAUUGAAGAGAAGGGUUUCAUCCCCAAGGCAGCACCAGCAGCAAAAGCAGGAGGCCCAUCCACCCCUGCUCCCUCAGGAACGACAUCGACUCCAGCACCACCUGCAGCCCCUCAGCCCAAUCCUCCAUCUGCGCCAUCUGCACCCGUACAACCCUCAACCCCUACUCCCGCUCAAGCCCCUGCAGCCUCGACCGGUGCCGACCCCGCAACAUCAGGUUUCAAUGAUCCUUCGGCCUUCCUUGUUGGAAAUCGCAAUGAGUCCACCGUACGCGAGAUGGAAGCCAUGGGCUUUGCAAGACCCGAGAUCGACCGUGCCCUGCGCGCUGCUUACUUCAAUCCCGAUCGUGCCAUUGAGUAUCUUUUGAGUGGUAUCCCAGAGAACAUCCAGGCCGAACAGAGAGAGCGACAGCAACAACAGCAACAGGCUGCUCAACCUGGUGCUCAAGCCGCUGUUGGUUCUCCUCCACCCGCUCAGGCCGCUCAACCUGCAAGUGACGAACCUAUCAACCUGUUCGAAGCCGCCGCCCAAGCCGGCCAGCAAGGUCGAGGAGGUGGCGGUGCUAGAGGCGGUGGCCCUGGUGGUCCAGGAGCCGGCAACCCGCAGAAUAUGGAUUUUCUUCGACAGAGUCCUCAUUUCCAGCAACUUCGUCAGCUUGUCCAACAACAACCUGCCAUGCUUGAACCAAUCCUCCAACAAGUUGCUGAAGGCAACCCACAACUUGCCCAGAUCAUUGGUCAAAAUCAGGAGCAAUUCUUGCAGCUACUGGCUGAGGAUAUUGGUGGGGCCGACGCAAUUGGCGGAAUGGGUGACAGUGGCCCCUUACCUCCUGGUGCAACUCCGAUCAGUGUUACCGACGAGGAGCGUGAUGCGAUUGAACGUCUUUGCCGACUUGGAUUUUCCCGUGACCAGGUCAUCCAGGCAUAUUUCGCAUGUGACAAGAACGAAGAACUUGCCGCCAACUUCUUAUUCGAACAACCUGAUGACGAUGAGCAAUGA